GGCGCCCCCCGGCGGGGCAGGGGCGGACGGAGGGUGAGUGGGGCGGUCUCCCGCGCCCCCCUCUGCCCCCCCCCCCCCGCCCCGGGCUUCCCGGUUCCCCCUCCGCCGCCGGGUCGGUGCCUCUGGGCGUCUGCCCGCCGCGGUAGCUCAGCCCCGACUCCGGCCGCUGCUGCGGGAGCGCGGGGCCGCCCCUGCCCUCGCCGAGGCCUGCCGGACACAGCGCCCGGGCCGGUUUCGGGCAGCGGGGUGACGGCGACGGUGAGGGGGAACCCUCGGCGUCUCCGCUCUGCCCUUCGGGGCCGGCGGCCCCGGCCAUGCCGCCCCCCAAGGCCGGCGGUAAGGGGGCCUUGGUGCUGCAGUGUGAGUGGGAGGCGUGCACCUACGUGGCCUCGAAGAUGGAGGAGUUUUGCGAGCAUGUGGCCCAGCACCUGCAGCAGCACCUUCCCGGGGAACACCGGGAUGAGAUGGACCCUCUCGAGGAAUACACGUGUUUGUGGCAGGAAUGCGGUUUCUGUUCCCCAGAGAGCUCAGCUGACCUCAUUCGCCACGUCUAUUUCCACUGCUACCACACCAAGCUGAAGCAGUGGGGGCUGCAGGCCCUGCAGAGCCAGACAGAUGUGAGCCAUUGCCAGCUGGACUUCCAGAGCCGCAAUAUCAUCCCUGAGAUCCAGGAGAACUUUCUGUGUCUGUGGGAGUACUGUGAGAGAUCAUUUGAUAAUCCCGAGUGGUUCUAUCGGCAUGUGGAGGAUCACAGCUUCUGUUCAGAGUACAAGGCAUCAGGGAAGGAGAACCACGUGGUCCUCUGUGGUUGGAAAGACUGUGAUUGCACCUUCAAGGGACGCUGCAAACUGCGGGAGCACUUACGCAGCCACACGCAGGAGAAGGUGGUGGCCUGUCCUACCUGUGGGGGGAUGUUCGCCAACAACACCAAGUUCUUCGACCACAUCCGCCGUCAGACUGCACUGGACCAGCAGAGGUUUCAGUGUUCUCACUGCUCCAAGAGGUUUGCCACAGAGAGGCUGCUCCGUGACCAUAUGAGGAACCAUGUGAACCAUUACAAGUGCCCUCUGUGUGACAUGACCUGCCCGCUGCCCUCCUCCCUGCGCAAUCACAUUCGUUUUCGGCACAGCGAGGAGCGGCCGUUCAAGUGUGACUACUGUGACUACAGCUGCAAGAAUCUCAUUGACUUGAGGAAACAUCUGGACACGCACAGCAAAGAGCCAGCCUAUCGCUGCGAGUUUGAGGCUUGCAGCUUCACUGCACGUUCCCUCUGCUCCAUCAAACUGCACUACCGGAAAGUCCAUGAGGGUGACUCAGAGCCCCGGUACAAGUGCCAUGUCUGUGACAAGUGCUUCACACGUGGAAACAACCUCACUGUCCACCUCAGGAAGAAACACCAGUUCAAAUGGCCCUCGGGACAUCCUCGCUUCAGGUACAAGGAGCAUGAGGAUGGCUACAUGAGGCUGCAGCUGGUGCGUUACGAGAGCGUGGAGCUGACAGAGCAGCUACUGAAGGACAGAGAGAAGCAAGGGGAGGCACUGGAUGGCUCAACUGAGUGUGUGGUGCUGUCUGAGGGUGAGGGCAACCUGCAGGGCAUCAUUCUGGAGGCCCCGGCAGAGGCUCCCCUGGUGGAGAACAGUAUUGCUGAGCUGCAAGUGGCCCCACUGCGCCUGGCCCCUUGCUCUGCUGACAACCCUGAGCCAGCACGGCCGAGUGCCUUCCUGGGAGCAGCGCUGUCAUCCGAGCAAGAACCUGGCACCCUCGCCAACCCCAUCAUCCGUGUGGUGAACCGGACCAAUGAGCACGGAGAGAGUGAGACUGUGUAUUACGUCACGGCCAGCACAUCCUCAGAGGAGCAGGUGUCAGCACCCGGCGGGCUGGCUAUGGAGCUGGAGGAGAAUGUCAUGGACCGUCUGCAGAAGACGGCUGAGGAGCUGGGCAUCCAGAUUGUGUGAGGUGCUCACCUGCCUCUCUGCAUGAGGAAAACUUGGGCAUCUGUGGGAUGUGCCAGUGGGGGAGGUUGGGAAGGGCUUGCGGGAGAGGGCUGGGCUUGUCUUCACCUAUCUGCAGCUGGCUAAAUUCCCCUUCUGCUGCCCCAGCCUUUCUGGCUGCCGGUUCUGGUCAGCAUGGGGAGAGGGGAAGGACAGGUCUCUCUCAGUUGUGGGUCAAGUGAUCUGAGCUGGAGAGAGCUGUCUGUCUCCUCCUUUGGGGGAUUAGGGACUAGCAAGCCUCUCCCACCCUUCCAGGAGGGUUGGCCUUUGCCUGACACAGGCCUUCCCCUCUGGGUCACUCACUGGUGGUAUGGUCCCUGCUGCUGUGCAGCUAAGAUGUCAGCCUUUGCUGAGCCUGGUCCUCAGCUAGGAUCUCCCCAGGCAGGAUGAUGUGCUGAGCAGACACUGCAGCUGAAGCCUCUUCCCUGGAGAGAUGUGUAGCCCUUAGCAGGCCUGUUCUCCCCCAUCCAUACUUUGUUCUCCAAGGGACGGCUCUGCUGCUGCCUUCAUCAGCAGUUCCCUGCACAUCAUCUUUCCUAGGUCAUUCAGCUGGUGCUGUUGGUGGUCUUUGCACCACUGAUCCCCUUACAGUGCACUGAUCUCUGGUGGGAGAGCGUGGAGGUGCUGUCGCUUGCAGGCUACUGCUCCCUGCAGUGCUGAGGGAUUGGGAGCUUCUUACUGCUUUUGUCCUUCCCUGGGUUUCCUCCCCACAUUGGGGUUUGGGCUUCUGGUUGGGCAAAGUGUACUUUGGCAAGACAAAUAAAAGUCAGACUGCCAGGCCAA